AUGUCAUUGACACCAAUUGGUAUAGAUAUCGGGACUUACAAGACCGUUGUUUCAGUUGUACAGAAUGGUGGUAUUGAUGUUAUAUUAAACAACUAUUCAAAUAGAUCAACACCAACUUCAAUAACAUUCGACACUAAGGAUAUAAGAUUUUUUGGUGAGGAUUCCAAAAAUCAAUCUGUUCAAAAUUUUGAAAAUACAAUUACAUGUUUCAAACAAUUUUUGAAUAACAGUAAUUUAGCAAAAGAACAAGAAUUCAUUUCUUGUAAACUUGCACACCCAAAGCAUCACCAGUUAGGAAUUGUCAAGGUUAAUGACCGUUCUUAUGAAGCUGUUCAAGUUUAUGCCAUGUUUUUAGGUUAUUUGAAGCAACAAAUUAUUAAUAAUGGUGUGAAUAUUGGGAAAUGUGUCAUUAGUGUCCCUGGGAGUUAUACUCCACAUGAACGAGAAUUGGUGCUGAUUGCAGCUUCUUUAGUUGGCUUGGGGGAUGUUGAUCUGUGUAGUGAGGUUUUAGCUUCAGGUUUAACUUAUGCUGUUAGAAAUCAUGAAGGUGAUGUUGCCAAAAAACAUGUUAUUGUUGAUGUUGGUUAUUCACAAAUGACUAUUAGUUUAUUGAAGAUUGGUGAAAGGAAAGUUGAAGUUGAAAAAAGUUUCAUAGAUGACUCGAUUGGUGGAAGAGUAAUUGAUAAAGUGAUUUGUGAUCAACUGUUACAAAAAGUUGGAUUGAAAUUUGAUGUACAUUCUAAGCCAUAUCAAAGAGUUCUGAAAGAGUGCGAAAAAUUCAAGAAAGUUCUUUCAGCAAACAAUAUUGUUAGUGUGAAUAUUGAAAGUAUAAAAGAAGAUAAAGAUAUCAUAACAAGUAUUAAAAGAGAGGAAUUUGAAGAAUGGAUCAAUGAGUCAUUAGUGAAGGUUGGAUCAAAUAUAAAGAAAUUCCUGCAUUCUAAAGAAGGACCGUUGAAAUUUGAAUCUGUUCAAUUGAUUGGAGGAUCUUCAAGAAUCCCAUCAAUCAAGAACCUUAUUUCACAAGGUUUCAAAAAGGAGCUUUCAACUACAUUAAAUCAAGAUGAAGCUAUUAGUCUUGGAUGUGCUUAUUUGUCAAGUGUUUUCACCAAGAAAUUGGAUAAAUCACAUUUUGAAUUGAAAGAUUUCAAUCACCAUACGAUUACAAUAUCAAUUGGAGAUAAUCCAACCCAUUAUGACUUGUUUCAUUCUUUUAUCACGAGCCCAUCGAAGGAAAAAGUGUCACAUAGUUAA